AAGAUUUUACUAUAAAAUGAAGAACAAAAUCGAAAUGAGUCUUGACGACAUCAUAAAAUCAACCGAAAAUCCCCGAAGAGGUGGCCGAACUCGUGGUAGUGGAGGAGGAGAUAAUCAACGCCGAGGAAAUUUCAGAAACUCCGGUCGAUCUGGUUCGUCAGGAAGUGCUCCAAACGGCCGAGGACGUAUUUCUCGAAAAAACAAUCUGGUGAAUAAAAUUAAAACCUUGAUUAAUGAAUUUGUUCGCGAUGGAUACGGACCCCGUAAAGUGGCAGCGGCUAGAGCAGCUGUUCAAGCUACGAUGGAACCAACGAAGCUUGCGAUUUCUAAUUUAGACUUUGGGCUAUCUGACUCUGAUAUUCAGGAACUUUUCGCUGAGUUUGGGCCCCUCAGAAGAGCUGCUGUUCAUUACGACAGAUCAGGCAGACCACUGGGAACUGCUAAUGUGAUUUUUGAGAAGAGAAAAGAUGCAAUCAGAGCAAUGAAACGGUAUAAUGGAGUUUCCCUGAAUGGACGGUCUAUGAACAUUCAACUGAGUAUGCCAGAAGUUCCUAUCCCUAUGAGAAGACCUGUAGGUGAAAGGGAGUUUCCAAGAAGAGAGAAAUUCUGCCCAAGUAGAGGUGCGCAGAACGCGAGAAAUCAGAGGAAGCCACCUACGGCUGAAGAACUAGAUGCAGAGCUAGAGGCCUACUCUUCAAAAAGGAUCCCGAAUUGAGCAUUGAUUUCAUUUUGUUGAUUUUAUUUUUUAUUAAACAACAUACCCUCAUUUAUGACUUGUUACUUGUGGAUUUUAUAACGAAAUGAAAAGCGACAUAAUUGCUAUCUAGCGAACAGAACUCACGCUACCGCUUGUGACGUUUUUUCAGCUAAAUUUGGUGAGUUAUCUCAAUCGUCAAAAUAUGGUGGUUUUGAGUUGUGUCGGUUUUCUUCCGGACACACGAACCAUGAAAAUGAAAUCAGCUGAUGAUCAACCAUCGGAAUUCCACUGUAACAUUACUUUCUAUUAGAAUUUUAGAAAGAUCACAUAUUAAAAAAAAAUAAUACUCAGAAAUUUCUCCGAGUUUAAAGUAUAAAUUUUAAUACUUUUAUUAAACUAUGACUUCAAUCUGUAAUUUAGACUAUAUAUACUCAAAAUUUGAUAAAAUUUUAAUUUUUGGUCCUUUUGCAC